AUGACCCGAACUGAAGAACUUUCACCGAGGCGGAGCUGCAAAAGGACUAGGGGAUUAAAGGGAUUUCCCAGUCGAAGGGGAGAAAAGUCAGAGGAGCUGUCAGCAAAAGGGAGGACAUUCAGAGGACGCCAGUUGAAGAGGACUGCCCAUUCGAAGGGGAGCGUCAGGGAGUGCCCCCGGGGAGGAGCAGUCAGAGGCGCUGCCAGUCGAAGGGGGAGCAUCAAAAGGGAGCUGCCCAGGCCGAAGGGGACCCCAGUCGGAAGGGUUUUCCCAGCCAAGGGGGCUUUCCGGGGAAGCUCCCCAGCCCAAAGGGGGAGCCAUUUUGGAGGACUCCCAACCCAAAGGGGGGGCAGUCAGAGGAGCGUCAGUUUAAGAGGACAUCAGAGGCUGCCACCCGAAGAGGACUGUCAGCCGGAGGAAAGUACGAGGACUCCCAGCGGGAAAGGGGGCCAAAUCAGGGGAGCUCCCCAUUUCGAAAGGGGUUUCCCACCCAAAAAGAGAGCAUUUUCAAGGGGGCUCCCCACAGAAGGGAGCUCCCCAGCCAAAUGGGACAUCCGGGGAGCGGGCCAGCAGAAAAAAAGCUGUCCCCAAAAAGGGACAGCCCGAGGAGCUCCCGGCCAAAAGGGACCCUUAAAGGGAGCUUUUAGCCGAAGAGGGCAUUUAGGGGCUGUAAAGCCGAAGAAGGGGCUCAAGGACUCCCACCGAAGAGGGGGCAGUCAAGGAGUUUCCGGCCGAAGAGGGCGCCCAGAGGAGCUCUUGGGCCGAAGGAGGACCAGUCAGAGGGAGCUGCCCACCCAAAAAGGGAGCAGUCAAAAAGGAGCGGGCCCACAGAAGAGACUGUCACCGAAUAGGGGGCCGUCAAGGAGCGGGCCCAGCCGAAGGGAGCAGUCAGAGGAGCUGCCCAGCCAAAGGGGGAAGCUCAGGGGAGCUGCCACUAAAAGGGGGAAGCAGCCCAAGGGGAAACUCCCAGCUGAAGACCCUUUCAGGGGAGCUGCCGGGCCAAGAGGGGGCAGUCAAGGAGCGGCCCAGCCAAAGAGGACAUUUCAAAAGGAGUUUGCCAGCCAAGAGGAGCAGUCAAAAGGAGCUGCCAAGCCGAAGAGGACAGCAGGGAGCCCCAGCCGAAGAGGAGCACCCGGAGGGUUUGUCACCCCAAAAGGGGGCAUCAAGGACACCAAACCGAAGAGGAGCAGUCAAGGAGCGGGCCGCCAGAGGAGCUUUUCAGAGGGCCCCCAGCUGAAGAGCGCCCAGAGGAGCUGCCACCGAAAAAGAGCAUCCGAGGAGUUUGUCACCAAAGGGGGCAUCAAAAGGAGCUUAUCAGCCGAAAAGGACCCACAGGGGAGUUUAAAAAACUGUUUGAGGGCAGUUCGAGAAUUUUUCACCCCAAGAGAAGCAUUCGGAGGAGCUGCCAGCCGAAGGAGCUGCCAUCCGAAAGGACAGUCUGGGGGUUGCCCACCCCGAAGAGGAGAAAUCCGGGGAGCUUCAGCCAAAGGGGCCAAGAGGAGGGGGCAGAGGGGCCCAAAAACUCCCACCACAGAGGACCUUUGGGAGGACUGCCAAAAAAGAACUGUCAAAGGGAUUUUGCCAGCCGAAAAAGGGCUUUUCGAGGGCUGUCACCCAAAAGGGGAGCGUCAGGGACCUGCCAGGCAAAGAGCAGUCAGGGGGAGCGGGCCACCCAAAAGGGGGCCAUUCAGGGGACUGUCCCAAGAGGGCAAUCAGAGGAGUUUCCCAGCCGAAGAGGGGGAGUUCGGGGAGCUGCCCACCCAAAAGAGAGCAAUCAGAGGGCUGCCACCCGAAAAGGGGGCAUUUCAUGAGCUACCAGUCGAAGGGGGCCCGUCAGAGGAGCUGUCGUCGAAGAGAGCAUUCGAGGAGCUAUAUCCAAGAAGGACAGUCUGGGGACUGCCACAAAACGUAACCACCCGAGGCCUGGGGGAAAUUAAAGGGGCUGCCACUGAAAAAGGACAGUCUAGGACAAAAAGGAAUUUCCCCCGGGGGAGGAUAGUUUGGGGGCCCUUGCCAGAAAAAGAAGCCCGAGCUGUCAGCCGAAGAGGAGCCAUUGGAGGAACUGCCAGCCAAGAGGAACGUCGUAGUGUUUUCCAGCCGAAGAGGGGGCAUUUUUGGGGGACCUGUCGGGCCAAAGGGAAACUGUCAAAGGGCGUCAGUUUAAAGGAACAUUUUCAGGAGCUGUCAUUCAAGGGGAAACAGUUUGAGGAGCUGUCUUCAAAAGGGGAAAACUGUCGAAGGACUGGGAGCACUUUUGAUUGGCUGUCACCCGAAGAGGAUCUUUUUAGGAGGAAAUCAGCCGAAGGGGAAAACCGGGUCUGGGGAACUGUCGCCGAAGAGGAGCCUCUGGGGAGCUGUCACAUAAGAAAAGGGCCCGGAGGACUUCACCAAAGAGAAACGGUCGAAGGAGAUGUAAACCAAAGGGGAACCUGCUGGAGCGUUUACCCCAGGGGUAGGGGUCAUGCGAGGAGGUUCACCGAAGGGGAAUCGUCGGAAAAAGCUGCCACUGUGGAGAAUUUGUCGGAGGGAGCUGCAGCCAAAAAGGAUCCGUGGAAAACGGGCCAGCCUAAGAGGUUCCUUCAAGGAGCUGUCACCCCAAAAAGGGGGUCUUUGGGAGGGGGCUGUCAGCUGAAAGGAUCCCGGGGGGAGCUGUCAGCUGAAGGGGAUCCUAAAAGGACGCAGCUGAAGAGACCGUCAAAGGAGCUGUCAGCCAAAAGGGGAUCUUCGGGAGUUUGUCAGCUGAAGAGGUCCGUCGGAGGGCUGGGAUCCUCAGAGGAGCUGUCAGCCAAAAGAGGAUCUGUCGGGGGCUGUCGCAAAAGGGGAGUUCCGUGGGAGGGUGUCACCGAGGAGGAUCCGUCAGGGGAGCUGUCACCGAAGGGGAUCUGUGGGAGGAGCUUUCAGUUUGAAGAGGACCUUGGGAAAAACCCUGUCCCAAAAAGGGAAACCGUGAGAAAACCCCCGCCACCGAAGGGGACCGUUGGAGGGCUGUCCCAGGAGGACCCGCAAGGAGCUGUCAGCCGAAGGGAUCUGUCGGAGGGGGCUGUAGCUGAAAGGAUCCGUCUGGGGGUUUUGUCAGCAUAA